CAUAAAAGUUGUAUCGUGUUGUAUCAUAAGAUGGGAAUGCAGUUUUUCGUAGUCUUUCUCGGUAGAUAAAAACGGAGUGGGCAACCUUAAAUAUGUUUAUAUUCAUCGGUGCAGCCUCUGCCAAAUGCCAAAUGACGUAACGCAAUCUUUACAUGGUGUGGAUUCACAUCACUGUGUAAGACUACCCAUAGUGUGAACUUGAUCAACAUUUAAAUAAUUUUUCAAGUCUCUAGUUCAAGCCAAGGACAAUUAAAAUACAUAAACUAAAAGUUCUGAAACGUUCUCAAGAAGAGAAGAAAAUUUGUUUCCUAACAGGAAACCAAUGAAAAGAGCAUGCACUUGCAUAGAAGUUGAAAGUUAAAGACGUCUCUCUGCUCUCUCUCCUAUAGAUACACGUUAUAGUUUAUGCAUGAAUAUGCAAUAUCAAAACAGGACUGUAAGGGCGGCGUACGAAGAAACAUACAAAAAUAUUGAAAUAAUCGCAUUAAAUGUGGAGUAACAAUGAGAAUGGCGCACAACGAAAAGAACGUAUCAGGGCUCGUGCCUACGAGCAAAAAUAAAAUUUGACUGAUUAGUAAUUUAAAGAGUAAUCAACCGGCACAGAUUGUGCUCGAAGACGUCAAUACAGUAGACAUUUAUUAUAUUAUUAGUUGUAAUAGAUUCGUAAAGUGGCUCUUCAAAUCGCUUCCUAGAAUUUCUAUGUUUAAAUCUUUUAUAUAUAUGGUACGUUCAAGUAUCAAUGUGGAUGAAAUUAAAAAAGGAAUGUAUAUUGAUAUCAUUGAUAAGUCUAUCAGCUGAUUGUCAUUUAUUAGAAAUAUUUAAAGGAUGCAUAGUGAUGAGCUCUAAAUUAAAUCAUUUAUAUAAUCACUGCGGUAACAAGUAUUACAGUUCAAUUGAUAUUUCAUGAAGUUUUCUUGGGGGUGCAAAUAAGGCAGUGAUAUUGACAAGUCUCAUGAAAGAAUGGGAAAUAAAAGUAGUUGCUGUGUCUAUUCUAGUCCGCAAGUCGGACGUAAAGAAAGAGUGUCUGAAGGUGUUACUCGUGGACUUGAGGAACACUUACCUGAAUGUGGAGUUAGCAGUAAUAAUUUGCAACAUAUUAGCGAACGUGAGCCAGAAGACUGGGAUUCAGAUCCAUCGUUACAUCCAUGCACUGGUACUAUUUUUAUGGAACGAUCAAAACAAGCUAUUGAAAGUGGCAUGGUAAGGAAAAAGAGUCAGCAUCAAAUUGCCGACACAAGGCCUUUAAAAAAGAGUAGCAGUUGUAGUACAAUAUAUUUAGACAACAGUACUGUUUCGCAACCUAAUCUUAAAAAUACUGUGAAAUGUGUUGCCUUAGCUGUUUAUUAUCACAUAGAAAACAGAACCUCACAACGACAAAUCGAUAUAUUUGAUGAAAAACUCCAUCCAUUGACGCGAGAAGGAGUUACAGAAGAUUAUGAUAAAUAUAACCCAGAACACAAACAAAUAUAUAAAUUUGUGAGAACAUUAUUUACCGCUGCUCAACUUACAGCUGAAUGUGCCAUUAUAACGUUAGUUUAUCUGGAACGCCUACUCACAUAUGCCGAAAUAGAUAUAACGCCAGCUAAUUGGAAACGGAUAGUACUUGGAGCUGUUUUACUAGCAUCGAAAGUAUGGGACGAUCAGGCAGUAUGGAAUAUAGAUUAUUGUCAAAUUCUCAGAGAUAUUACUGUAGAAGAUAUGAAUGAAUUAGAGAGACAAUUUUUGGAAAUGCUACAAUUCAAUAUAAAUGUUCCUUCGAGUGUGUAUGCUAAAUAUUACUUUGAUCUGCGCACACUAGCAGAAGCAAAUGAACUAACAUUCCCUAGUGAGCCACUCAGUAAAGAAAAAGCUCAGAAAUUAGAAGCAAUGUCCAGAGUUUAUGAAGAUAAAGUCACUGCUGAAGCUUUACGUACUGGUAAUAAAAAAUGGUCCAGCUUAGAUAAUAUAUGCAUAGGGGGACCUAGACGUAGCAUUGCUAUCUUAUCCUAAGCUUUGGAUACAAGCGAACACAUUGUUUAUAUUCAUUACUUCUGAAUUAAGGUAUGUAAACAAAAAAAAAUUUUGCAGACCUAUUACACUACAAUAUCAAUGAAUUUUAAAAGUUUUACAAGCAUAUCAUUUUUAUUAUUUAUUAAUCGUUUAUAUGUUCAGCUUAAAUAUUUUACUACAA